AAAAAAUGUCAUUAGAGAAAAGUUAGAAAUUUUCCGAACCAACUUUAUUAAUUUCGCAUCUACAUCUCUUACCAAGAUUUGCCCUUGCAUUCUCAGCAUGCACUAUAAAUCCUCACCAAAGUCUCUUUCUCUCUCUCACAUAAUUUGCCGUUACAAAAGCCACCCUUUUGGUGUCUCUCCUCCUAGAAACUAACACCUUCACGAAACCCAUGCACUCAAUACAUUCUCACUCUUGUCCAUAGUGCUCAAACUUCUCCUCCUUCUAUGAGAAAAAACUAUAUUAGACACAAGGACACCUUUCUGUUCUACUUCUGUACACCAUUAUGUCUACACCAUCAAGAGUAGAAGAGAAGCCAGCAGAGAAAAUUCAUCCUAUGCUAUGCUCACCCCCACUUGUUACACAAAAUGGGCCUAUCAGCUUCAUGAAUUUAAUCCUCUCAGAGCUAACAACACAAAGAAGAUUAGGGGUUCCACUGCUGGUGAUGAAUUUAACAUGGUUCACCAAGAUAGCCAUCACUACUGCGUUUCUUGGCCGGCUAGGAGAGCUUCCAUUGGCCGGUGGUACGCUUGGCUUCACCUUUGCAAAUGUCACCGGCUUCUCGGUCUUGAAUGGUCUCUGUGGUGCCAUGGAACCAAUAUGUGGUCAGGCUUAUGGAGCUAAAAAUUUCAAGCUCCUCCAUAAGACCCUUGUCAUGGCAACUUCUUUGUUGUUGCUAGCCACACUGCCUAUUUCUUUCUUGUGGAUUAACGUAGACAAGAUCCUUGUUCAGUUUGGCCAACAAGAGGACAUUUCAAUUGUUGCCAAGAAGUAUCUCUUCUAUCUCCUCCCUGAUCUGGUAGUCACUUCAUUGUUGUGUCCUCUAAAGGCCUACUUGAGUAUACAAAGCCUAACGGUUCCUAUUAUGUUGAGCUCGACUCUGGCCAUGGCGAUUCACGUGCCCAUCAACAUCUUACUUUCAAAAGCCAAAGGUCUGGAGGGAGUCUCCAUGGCGGUCUGGAUAACUGAUCUCAUAGUUGUGAUUCUACUUGCAGUUUAUGUGCUGGUGGAGGAAAAUAAGAAGGGGGGGAAAUGGAGUGAAGGAGGGUGGAUGCAACAAGGAGUUCGUGACUGGAUCAGGUUGCUCAAACUUUCUGGUCCAUCUUGCCUCACCACUUGCCUUGAGUGGUGGUGCUACGAGAUCUUAGUCCUGCUAACAGGGCGGCUAGCAAACGCCAAGCAAGCAGUGGGAGUGUUAGCAAUUGUGCUAAACUUUGACUACUUGCUUUACUCUGCCAUGCUCUCGCUUGCCACAUGUGCAUCCAUUCGUGUCUCAAAUGAACUUGGUGCGAACCAACCCCACCUCGCCUACCAGUCGGCAUACGUGUCCUUGGCAGUGAGUAUAGUCUCAGGCUGCAUCGGUGCCUUGGUGAUGAUAGCAGCAAGAGGUCUGUGGGGCCCAUUGUUCAGCCAUGACAAGGGGAUUAUAAGAGGGGUGAAGAAGACAAUGUUGCUAAUGGCUCUAGUUGAAGUUGUAAAUUUCCCAUUAGCUGUUUGUGGGGGGAUAGUGCGUGGAACAGCUAGACCAUGGUUGGGCCUGUAUGCAAACGUUAGUGGUUUCUACUUUCUGGCCUUGCCCUUGGCUGUUGUUUUAGCUUUCAAGGUCCAUCUAGGGCUUGUGGGACUGUUGACAGGGUUCUUGGUUGGUAUGGUAGCUUGCUUGGUUUUGCUGUUGGUGUUUAUUUCGAGGAUCGACUGGGAGGAAGAAGCUGGCAAGGCACAAAUACUUGCCUGUUGCGUUGAGGAGGUUCCUGACAGAGAUGAAUGUAACAAGAAUUCUGCAACAGUCGAGAAUAUUGCAUUGUGACAAUAUAUUAUGAAAACAUUCUGAGGAUAAGAAGAAUUACCAAAAGGGCAUAACCUCCUUAGUCAACCUGUGAUUAUUCUCACAGCAAAAAAAAAACCUGUGAUUAUUCUGUCACAAGCAUCUCUCUCACUGGAGUAGAUGCUCAAUCCUGGGAAAAUAAUGUGCAUAAAACCUGAACUACAUAGUAACCCAGUAUUGACCUAUUGUGGGCUUAUGUUACCCUGGCAAUCGCUAUGAGGGAUUUUUUUUCCCUUUUCAACUAAUGCAACUUUUUUCCAG